CCUCCAGGUCAGCGGCAGCGCUGGAGAGCUCAUUCAGGCCGGUUGUGUGAGCUGGAACUCGGUGUUAAACUGGUUGGCUGGCACGGGCUGGUUGGUCGGUUGGUUGAGGGGAAGCCAUGGCUCGACUAGCUGCGUUACUGUUGUUACCGGUUCUUAUUGAAUCGGUAUUUUCCAUUUCUUUCUUUUUACCGGUCAAUUCACGAAAGUGUUUACGGGAGGAGAUCCAUAAAGACGUCCUCGUUACGGGGGAGUAUGAAAUAACCGAACAGGCGAACACCAAAACUAAUCUGAAGAUCACAGAUUCCUCCAGCCACACGCUUUACUCCAAGGAAGAUGCGAUAAAAGGAAAGUUUGCAUUCACCACAGAGGACUAUGACAUGUUUGAGGUGUGCUUUGAGAGCAAAUCGCCUAUGGGAACGGGAAGAGUGCCUGACCAGCUGGUCAAUCUGGACAUGAAGCAUGGUGUGGAGGCCAAAAACUAUGAAGAGAUUGCCAAGGUGGAGAAGCUGAAGCCUCUCGAGGUCGAGCUGAGGCGACUAGAGGACCUGUCGGAGUCCAUCGUCAAUGACUUUGCUUACAUGAAGAAGAGAGAGGAAGAGAUGCGGGACACCAAUGAGUCCACCAACACACGUGUUCUGUACUUUAGCAUAUUCUCCAUGUGCUGUCUCAUUGGGCUGGCUACAUGGCAGGUCUUCUACUUGCGGCGCUUCUUCAAGGCAAAGAAGCUGAUCGAGUAGAGCGGCUCCUAACUCCUUACCUCGUGGGAAGCUGCCUGCCUGUCAGCCAACACAUCCCAACAUCCACUCCUUGGACUAGCUUCAGCAAACAACAGCAAGUGGGGUUGAGGGGCUCAAAUUCUAGUUUUCACAGCUGUAAGAGAAAGAGUAUUAAGGUUGUCCUCUGAAAAAAUGAUUCACCUGCUUAUUUAGUGUUUUGAAACAUGAAAAGCGCUGUAGGGAGAAAUGCACUGUGGGACAUGGGAGGCGUAUGUCACUGCACUAGUGAGAUAUGUCCAUCGCAUGGUACUUCACUUUUCUGUCUGCACUGUUUUGAAUGUCACAGUUUACUGAAUAAGAACUUGUUCCUUCAACCAGUUGAACAGUGAGGUUUGAUUUUGAGCUCAGUUUGAAUGGAUGUGCCAUGAGCGAAUGUCUUUUGCCCUUUUGUUAAUGUACACAUUCUUUGCCAUGCCAAGCAAACUAGAUCCUUGGUGCCCUUUUAUCAAGUGAAGGCUUUUUUUGAAAAAGUGGUUUGUUGUUACUUUGAUGAGAAAAUUAGCAACCACUGAACUUCUGUGUUAUGUCACUUAAUUUGCAUACAUGUUUGGUAGCUAAAUUUAACAGUGUCUUUAGUUGGUUUUCAUAUUGUAAAUGCUACUUAGUUGCUUCUACAGGUUUUUUUUGUUUUUUUUGGGGGGGGGGGGGGGGUUGUGAGUUGUCCAAGCAAUAUUCUCAUUUAUAAAUUAGGUCACUUCUCUGAGCUCUUGCAUGUUCUAGUUUUGUUUUUGAAACACCUGAACAUUAAUUUGUCACCAAUCAAAAGUAGCCAGAAACCAAAAACCUUGUCUUUAGGAUGGAGUUUGCAGCAUUAUAUUGUAUGUAUGGCUGAGUUAUUUAAUCACUCUGAUACAAUUCAUAUAUACUUUUGCAGAUUUAUCUUGUCAGAGUGCAGAGAUGGAGGUUUUGACAGGAAAUGUAAAGUAGGGAAUACAAACACUUACUAAAAUUUCCUUUCAGUCAUGCGCCCCUUUAACUCACACACUGGUAAAUUUAAUUAUCAAACAAUUUUCAAAAUCUCACUUCCCAGUUACAGUGCCGAUCCAUCCAGCGUGCUUCUUUUCUUUAGAAAUACUUAUGAGGUUUGGAUAAUAUGAGAAUGUGGGUGGUUGCAAAUAUUCAUAUUGUUUUUGAAAGGGAUUAAUUGAGGCAUCUGUCAUGGGUAAAUUUUUAACAAUGAACAUGCGCAUUGUGCGCAAUCAAUGAUUUUUAUGUUGACUGAUAAAUUUUGUAAAUUUGUGUUGGGCUUUUAUUCAAUAAAAUAUUGGAUGGAUUUACAUUAGUUAUUGUGUAGUCCAACAUGUAUUUCCUACAACAAACACAGGCUGUAAUAUCUCACUAUCGUAAGUAUAAUAAGCAAAAUUGUUAAUAUAUCAAUAUUUCCAAAUUAUUAAUACCCUUAAAUGACAAAGCAUUGGUUGCUCCGCUGUUUACAAUAGUGGCCUAUACAUUUUUUUAUUUUCAAACUAUUAAUUUACUUUCUACAUGUUUACAAUGUUACAAAGUUUUAGCUGUAAUGUGUCACUUGACCACAGCUGUUAACGUCCUUGGUGCACUUUGAAGAGAGGAGUCAUUACAUUCAUGCUUUCCAAAACGACUUUGGAUAAGUGCAGUCAAACUCCAUAGCAACAAGAGACAAAUUGAGCGAGUACUCUCAAAAUAAACAACUAAAAGCAUUUUUAGGUGCUACAGUACAGGAGCUCAUUGUGGCUCAUAUGUCAUCACAGCUCCACAGGAGAGGGUGAGAGGGAUAUGUUAUUACUAUGAUGCAUCAAAGAGUUGUGUUGUUCCAUAUAUUCUUAAGAAAUAAUAAAAUGCUAUCCAUGUU